GACCCCAUAAAAAAGGGAACCUGUCUGAAUAAAAAGAAAAGCUGCGGGCGCACGGCACAGGGAGAGCUCCGUCCAACGUCACGGCGUCCUCGCUUCACUUUGAAACCAACCCAAAGUCACACAAGCGGCUGGUGGUCGACAAAGAUGCCCCUUUCAAGCAGCUCCACGUCCUCAACCAAGAGCAUCCGCAGAGCGGCGUCCGAGUUGGAGAGGUCUGACUCCAUCACGUCACAGAGGUUCGUGGGCAGGCGGCAAAGCUUGAUCGAGGACGCGCGCAAGGAGCGAGAAGCCGCCGCCGCAGCUGCAGAAGCGGCGGAAGCCAGUGAACAGAUCGUGUUCGAGGAAGAUGAUGGGAAGGCGCUUCUCAACCUCUUCUUCACGUUACGAACUUCCAAGACACCCGCUUUGUCGCGGACGCUCAAAGUUUUUGAGACGUUUGAAUCUAAGAUUCGCCAUUUGGAGACACGGCCGUGCAGGAAACUCAAGGAUUGCCUGGAGAGCCUGGAAUACUUUGUGCGUUGUGAGGUGCAUCUCUCAGAUGUCAGUACUCUCAUCAGUUCCAUCAAGCGGAACGCAGACGAUGUUAAAACCACCAAAGAAGUCAAAUUUCACUGGUUUCCAAAGAGAAUAGCCGAUUUGGACAGAUGUCAUCAUCUGGUCACAAAAUUUGAUCCAGACCUGGAUCAAGACCAUCCUGGCUACACAGACCCUGCCUACAGACAGAGGAGGAAGAUGAUUGGUGACAUCGCUUUCAGAUACAGACACGGGGAGCCAAUUCCCAAGGUGGAAUACACAGCGGAGGAGAUCGGGACCUGGCGGGAAGUCUACUCCACCCUGAGGGACUUGUACACCACGCAUGCCUGCACUGAGUAUCUCGAGGCCUUCCACUUGCUGGAGAGGCACUGUGGGUACAGCCCAGACAACAUCCCCCAGCUGGAAGACGUGUCACGCUUCCUCAAAGAGCGCACGGGGUUCCUGCUGCGUCCAGUGGCGGGUCUGCUGUCGGCCAGAGACUUCCUGGCCAGUCUGGCGUUCCGGGUGUUCCAGUGCACCCAGUACAUCCGACACGCGUCCUCCCCCAUGCACUCUCCCGAACCUGACUGCGUCCAUGAGCUCCUGGGCCACGUCCCAAUGCUGGCCGACCGCACCUUCGCCCAGUUUUCGCAGAACCUUGGCCUGGCAUCUCUCGGGGCCUCGGACGAGGAUAUUGAGAAACUCUCCACUCUGUACUGGUUCACUGUGGAGUACGGCUUAUGCAAACAGAACGGCGAGGUGAAGGCCUAUGGCGCUGGGCUGCUCUCCUCCUACGGAGAGCUUGUGUACUCCCUGUCCGACGAACCGGAGACCAGGGAGUUUGACCCCGGGGCCGCGGCGGUGCAGCCCUAUCAGGACCAGACGUACCAGCCUGUUUACUUCAUUUCGGAGAGUUUUUCAGAUGCCAAGGAGAAAUUCAGGACGUAUGUGGGCGGCAUCAAGCGCCCCUUCUCUGUGAGGUACGACCCGUACACCAGCAGCAUCGAGGUUCUGGACAACCCGCUCAAGAUCCAAGGAGGCCUGGAGGGAGUCAAGGAUGAGCUCAAGGUGCUGACAGACGCCCUCAGUGUUUUGUCCUGAUGAUGUCCCCCUCCCUCCCCCCAGUGCUUGAUCGCCCCACUGCUCUUUGCCCCCCCUCACCCCCCAGCCCCGCCGUGCCGUGCUCCGUCCAACCUGCAAGCGGAACCGCCGUGGUUCCCUUUCUGUGCCGUGCGUCCGGUUUGAAGCUGUUCCUCAUAGGUUGUCGCUUGUAGUCGCUGGCUGCGUGGUCCAUAAGGUAGCAACCAUUAGAAUACGUUGAAAUGCAGCACAGGCUAAGUUUGUCUCCGAAGACGUUCAACUGGCUGUGGAUCCAUUUGUGCAUCGAUGAGGUCAUCAACCGUAGGCAGUUUGUGCUUUUUGAGCGAAACGUGUGUUCUUUUGAGACGUGUGUCAAAACCUGAAGCAAAAGCAAAGGGAACUGAAUGUCCUGAAUGAAAUUGAUGUGGCAUUUUAAAACCAGAGCAAGGUGAUGGCAUAAUAAAGUGUAUAUUGAAAUCAUAUUUAUUCUACUCAUCAGAAAUACCUGCUGUAUUAAAAGGUUUUAAUAAAUUCAGAAUUUCAGCUGUGAAAUUGUUUAUCUUGGUUGGUUUUAUGCUGUUUUUGCUUUGCUCUGCAAAUAAAAAGACAAUGUGA